AUGGCGGCUCUGCGACAGGUUUCACCUAUUCAGGCGCCAAAGGUACCCGAGUCAUCAGAGGUACCCGAGACACCAGUGCCACCCCAGGAAAAGGAGAAACCUCAUGGUGAUGAGCUAGUGCCACCUCAGGCUGAUGAGCCAGUGCCAUCUCAGGUUGUUGAGGCUGAUGAGCCAGUGCCACCUCAGGCUGAUGAUCCAGUGCCAUCUCAGGUUGUUGAGGCUGAUGAGCCACUUCCACCUCAGGCUGAUGAGCCAGUGCCAUCUCAGGUUAUUGAGGCUGAUAGUCCAGUGCCACCUCUGGUAUUUGGAGGAGGCUCUCUAGAGUUGUCAUUACUGCUUCUUUACCCGGACCAUACUGACUAUGAUCCGCUGAAAUUCAUUAACCAUGAGAGAAAGAUUACUGACUUGCAUCAGCCUAUUGACGAGUGGUUUUUGACUACUUUAUCCAUAUUUGGGAUGAAUGGCUUAUGUAAGAUCAAUUAUGUUAUAGUGAACCACGAGAUGCUUAAUGCAUUUGUGGAAAGAUGGCACAUUGAGACCUCAUCAUUUUAUUUAACACUUGGAGAGUAG